AUGGUGGAGCCUCCUAAAUGGAGCAUACGAGCUUAUCGCUGUGAUCAAGAUCUUAUCAACGCGUACUACAUCUUCAUUCACCCAUACUUUCCCUUACUGCCUCCCCCGGCCGCAGCUCAAUAUGAGGACCAAUGCGUGGCUGUCAAGACCUAUUCUUCUUAUUUGAAUGCUUCCACGAUGCCUUAUUGGCCUGUCUCCCCACUUGGCCUCGCCCUGAUGGCGAUAAUGGCUCUACUGCCCGUCCCCGAUGACUCGCACACAACAGAUACUGAGGCAGACCUCCUGCGACGCUCUUAUGCUGAUCUAUAUGCACGUUCUGCGUUGGAGUCUGUGGAAGAUUCAAUCAACCUAUCCUCUCAUGUCGAGCCCGCCAAGGGACCGCAAAGCACUUUACACCCCGCGGUCCCUCGAGAGAUAGAGCCCGUCCUGACAUUGGGACUUCUGAGCUUGUUUGAGUACUGCCAGCAUGGGAACAUCCCGAAAAUGCGCAUUCGGGCAAACUUGGCCCUAACCAUGGCCAUGGACCUAUCGUUGCAUGAGGUAAGUUCCCAGACUGGAUAUUUGGAUGCCCAAAGGCGGUGCUGGUGGGCAACGCCGUGGCCACUUCUAGUAAAUGCACAAGAAGCCCUUCGCCGCAGCUGCGGGAUUGGGCGCCAACUCAUCCGAGAGAACGGCAGUAACAUGCUGCCCCGCUCUCUCAGGGAAGAUAUCCUAACUCUAGACUCGUUUAUCUUCCAUCUCGCCGCCGAAGCAGACCGAUUCCGCUGCGUAACGAACUAUCAGGGAGCCGAAGCAGACGCCUCUCGCAAUUUAUGGGCCAUAUCAAAUGCCCUCAUCCACACUGCCAGGCUCACCCUUCAUCGAGUGCGCGCCUUUCUCGAUCGCCCUCUCUUCCUUGCCGAGUACUACGACUAUCUUGCGAUAGAUACCGUCCAGGAACCACAACAGACACGCCACCUUUAUCUCUCUACGGACCGAAAGACCGAAAUUGACACCGUCUUCCCAUUCACCAAACAGCAAUCCGUCACAAUCUGCUUCCACUCCUCCCUUGUCGUGUCCCGGGUCUUUCGCCGGCUUCCAUCCCCGAAUCCAAUGUACUCCGACGCCACUGACCUGGAAAUCGCCGUGCCUUGGGCAUCUAGGCAACCGUUAGCCUCUCCCCGCUCCAUGCCCUAUAUGGCUUCGUGUCAGCUGCAGAGCUUCUGGGUCCUAGCGGCGGUGCUGUGGCGGGUGCAUACGGCGAUGUGCUCUGGAAACUUGGCCAGCUACUCAUACCUGCUUGAUCGACCGAGUGGAACGACUCAGGUGCAAGAUGCGGAACGGCUGAUCGAUGAAUUGCAAUCGGGAAUGGAGGCGUUGGGGAAAUCGAUUCAGGCGGAUGUGGUCUUCGGGGGGUGGCACCGAUGGCCAAGGAGGUACAGAGGGUCUAUGAAAGUACUGCGAUGGGUUGAAUUGUAUUAUCGUUUUAUUGAUAGCGGUUCUACGUAA